AUGCCAUCAACACCUCUUGAACUGGAACGACGAUCACUAGCCUUGGUAGUAAAGGCGAGCGACCAUUGCUUAUCGAUCUCUGCAAUUCCAUUGUUUCCGCAUAUCCACGCCCAGGCGUCUUCGGGCACUCAAAGCACGCCUCCGAAGAAUCGAUCUAACUCCAAUCCGCUGGAAGCUCGCAAAGUCGGCUACAAGGAGGCAAGGAAUAUCAUGGAAGUCGAACUGAGAGGUCACUGGGUGGGGCCGAUGCCCUACAAUGAGUUCAUGGAAAAGUUCAUGAGCACUGACGAUCCCGCUCCCGUCGGCGUCGUCGACGAAAAUUACUUCGCCACUAUCCCAACAGGACCAGAAGAUAAGAUGUAUCUCCCCUUCGUUAACUGCAUCAAAGAUGCGAACCUCGCGCCGUCUAUGGCCUUCUUCAACUCAUCCUCCUUCGAUGAUCACGAUUCACUCUUGCACAAGAAGUGGAAACCUGACAUUGCUGGGUAUCGCAAGGCGGAUACGGAGAAGAUAUCUGACGACAAGCCAACGAAUUUCGAGAAGCUGGACCUGUACAUCGAAGUCAAGACGAACGUCUUCCCGUUCUCGGAUCCCAAACCGAAUUGUAGCCCCGAAGAGCGCCAGAAGCACCAGUUUGAGAACCGUGGUGAUCUUGCGGAGGACUGUCGUGGUCAAAUCGGACUGGUGAUGGCGGAGAUAUGUGCGCGUCAGUAUCGCACUCAUUCGUUCAUGGUCUUCCUGAACCACAAGGAGGUGCGAUUUCUGUACAACGACCGCAGCGCGAUCGUCGUCACUGAAGCGAUCGACUACCGCACGGAGUCGAAGAAGCUGGCCGAGUUUUUCUGGCGAUAUUCUCGCAUGAGCGACGCGCAGCGUGGCAUGGACACCUCUGUACGCCCUUCGACCCCCGAAGAAAUUGGCAAGGCGGAAACUGCGUUGGCUCCAUACCUCCCUCGUGGCGAGACUCCCCGUCCCUACAUCACCCUCAGUGUCCCAACUGCAGAUGGGGCUGAGCGCCUGGUCGUCGGAAGAGACUGUAUGAUGGAGCCUGACUCUGUGACUGGACGUGCGACGCGGGCUUUCCCUGUGUACGACUUGAAGACGGGGAAGAUCGAGUUUCUGAAGGAUACUUGGCGAGUGGACCUUCCAGGGAUGGACAAGGAGUCCGACAUUCUCAAGGAGCUUAACGAGAAGCAGGUGCGGAACGUGCCUGUGUUCGUCGACGGCGGCGACGUUCUUGGAUCGCGCCAGACUACUGUCUCGCAUGAGUUCGAGAAUGCGUCCUGGCGUGCAGGACGUCUUGCGGUCCUCGUUCCUCGAGCCCAUAAUCGAUUCCUGGAGAACUUUAUUGGGAAGCGUCUUUCGAAAUUCACAAACGCAAGGCAGUUCCUUACAAUUGUGAUGCACGCUAUUGAAGCUCAUCACGAUGCUCUCUAUCUUUGCGGCUUCCUCCAUCGAGAUAUCAGCGACAAUAACAUCAUGAUCACCGACGCCGAUUGUGGUAUUCUCAGUGACUGGGACAUGGCUAAGAGAGUCGGCAUUCCUGGACAGAAGCCUCCUGACCCACUUCCAGGUGCCAGACACGCCUAUCGGACAGGAACUUGGUACUUCAUGUCGGGCCUUCUUCUCGUAAAUCCCUAUAAGCUUCAUACCCUUCAAGACGACUUAGAAUCUUUCUUCCACGUCAUCCUUUACUACUCUCUUCAAUACUUUCCACACGACAAACAAUCUGGCGAGGUCCAGGACAUCAUCGUCAAGAUUUUCAAGCAAUGCGAAUACGAGACGUUUACUGGACUAUAUACCGGUGGAACUGGAAAGCAAAACAUGAUCCUGUUCGAGAAUGCCUUCGAUGGCCUCACGUUGACCAAUAAUGGACCUUUGUCUGAAUGGAUUCGCUCUGCUCUGAAUGCCUUGGGAGACUUUUAUUCCUAUCUCUCCUCCCUUCAACGCCAGCAUCGGGCUGCGAGCUCUCCCGCUCGAAAGCCCCCCACCUUCUUCCCUCCAGACACUGACAAGCUCGCAAACCACAACUACUUCCUGCAGCUGUGCACAACCGCCCUUGCUGCUCCUGACGCACAAUGGUCGGAUGAUCGUCGCCCCACGAUGUUGGUUCCCCAUCUUCCAAUCAAGACAACUAAGCAAUUGCCAACGCUCAAACGUCCUGCGGAAAUCGAGCCUGCUGGCGAUGACCUACCAGCGCCGAAGAAGGGUAGAGCAUCUGGGUCUGGUAGACCUCCCAAGAAAAACUCGCAGCUUUCCAGCUCCAAGCGUCGAUAG